CUGCAUCUACAAUGCAUAUAACAUUAGAUAGAAAAUAACUACAUAGUUUGACGUCAAAAAUAAUCGCGGUUGACUAUUAUUUGUUUUUUUAGUUUAUAUAAAGAAAAAAAAAGUGAAACCGCGUUUACUAUUACUCUGUAUACAAAAAUUUUAUCUUUGCAUUUUGUAUAAUUAUAAAAUCCGUCCAUCGAAAAGUGUAAGUUGUUUAUGCUUAUAAUGCAUCCGAAUAAGUAAGAUGGCGACGUGUUUAAAAAGAACGUCAAAAUUAUUCGAUCCUUCGUUAUGCCGAAGUUCUUCCUAUGCAAAUUUACGAGAUUUAUUGUGCCCAGUGUGCAGAGCAAUUCUUAUUGAACCAGUGACCCUCCCUUGUGAACAUAAUCUUUGUUUAUCAUGUUUAAAUGGAACGAUUCAACACAACAACCUAAAUUGCCCUCUUUGCAGAACUCGAGUUGGCUCUUGGUUACGAACAAAUAGCAAAUCUAAUACAUUGGUUAAUAUCAGACUUUGGGAGAUAAUUCGAACCAAAUUUCCAAAAGAAGUUGAAGGCAGAAGAAACGGCGAGGAUACGGAUAUCGACCUGGACUCUGGCUACGCAGCGAGAACGAAAAUUCUCAGUGCAGCGGGUGAAAUUAGAAAAGAGUAUGAAACUCAACUUCAACUUGAAGAAGAGGAAAAACGUCGUAAACAACAAGCAGAAACAAUUGCAAGCGAAGCAUUAAUUCGAAAAAUUCAAGCUGAAGAACAACAACAAUUAGCCCAAUUGGCUCAAGAUGAAUUAUUGGCGAAAACCUUGGCGAAGAAAGAAAUUCGUACCAAGUUUGAUGCAAAAAUGAAGACUGAACCAUUAUCAAAAACUGUUCAAAAAACAAAAACACAAAAUAAUUACAAUUGCGAUGAACCAAUAAUUACCAAGUUCAAAUCAGCUAUGCAUUCACAAAAAACAAAUAUUGCCUUGAUAUCAAAAAUACGAGCAGAGAGUUACGCUUCCAGUAUUAAGUCUACCGGCUUGAACCAGUGUAAAGAUGCCGUUGAUAAAUUGGGAUCUUAUAAAACUCUACCAGUGCAAGAUACAGUUACAAGAUUAUUUAAAAAUCAAGUGACAAAAUUCAUUCAACCAAGUGGUUAUAAUUUCAAUUUGGAGCCAAGUUGUUCAAAAAUUUAUGGAUUACAAAGCAAAGAGGAAUUGCAUGUUCCAAAUGAUGUUUUAAAUUCAAAAAAGAAAAAUGUUGAAGUUGAAAUUUGUGUAACCACAGUCACUGAUGAUUCAAGAAUUGGAAGCGCCGAAAGUGCUGGCAGUCAUGAUAGUAUUAAUCAAGAAAUUCAUCAUUUUAAACCGAUUAAAGCAAUGCCACGUACGGCAUUGAGAACUACUCGAGAUGGUCGACAAAUUGAUACAAAAUUGAUAAGAGUUGUACCUAUUUUAAAAAGGGUUUCUAAUUUUGUGCCAAAAACUCCUUCACUUUCAAGCUUCAAAAGAAUACCUAGUUGCUCUUGGAGUGCUUUUAAAGGAAAAAUAAAAGAUUCCAAAUCCAGUUCAAUGCCGAGUAAGAUUGAAAAUUUGGAAUCAAUAAUAAAACCAGUUGCAGCACCAGUGCAAAUAGUGACAAUUUCUGGUACUUUGGUAAAACCACAAGUCUCUGAUUCGCUAGAUCUCCCAUCUGAAAUGUCGUUUGAUACGAAUAAAAACAUAAAGAAAAUAAUUAAUGGUACAAAGAUUAGUAAAAAAUUAAAUCUCGAAGAAAGUGAUAGUUGUGAUAAAAUGAAGAAAAUUUAUGAUAGUCCAGUGAAAAAUGGCACAUUGAGAAAGAAUAAACGAAAAAAGAAUAGGUGCAAUAAUUCUGAUGAUUCAUUUAGCGAUUCAGAUAUAAUAGAUAGCCAAUCGAUCAAUUCAACAAAAUCCGAUAUUUCGGAAGCAGCUUCAAAUGAGUCACAAAAAGAUAAUUCCAAUGAGGAGAUACCAAUUGAAAAUAUUGCCGAAAGAAUUAAAAAGCGAAAAACAAAUAUUGAUAAACGUUAUAAUAAUAACACUGAUGAUUUUGUAAGACGAAGUCUAAGAAAACGUUCCACUGCCAUUAAAUACAUCACUGAAAGUUCAGAAAGUUUUGAUGAAUUUUCUGAUGGCGAUGAAGAAUUACCAAAACGAAAACGUCCCAGAAAAGGUGCUCCAAAAUUAAUAAAGGAAACAGAAAUAAUAAAAAAUUCAAAUUCAAAAAUAAGAAAUCAACCUCCAGAAUUGACGAGGGAGGUACCUAUUGCAAAUAAAAGAAGAGGUAGAAGACGAAAAACAAAAUCUCCAAUAGAAGAAAAAGCAAAAGAUGAUGAUGAUGAAGAAGAGGUGGAAGUGAAUGAUGAUUUUAACACUGUAGACAAUAGUGAAAAGCAAAAUAAUAGCAAUACAGAAAAAGCAACUGACGAUGAAAUUAUUGACGAGCAAAAACGAAUAGAAAUGCUUCUUCGUCAAGAACAAGAGGAUCGAGAAAUGGCUGAAAGAUUGCAGGCUCAAUUUAACGAAUGGGAAAACAUGGCUGGUCGUACUAGAAAUUCGAGGAGAGCUCUUGAAAUUGGAAACAACAAUACUGAGGAUCUUAAUCUAGGAUUAGGCAAAAGAGAGCGUAGAACUACAAACUCGCACAUCAACAAACAAUUAAAUCAAACUACAUCAAGCAGUAGAAGUCAACGCAAAAGGCCUCAGCCACGUGCAUUGAAAUAAGAUACGUAUCACUGCAAUCAUUUUAUAUUUAAUAAAUAUAUAAAUAUAUAUAUUAAUUCAUUAAUAAAUAUAUUACUUUGGAUA